AUGUGUUUGUGGUUACAAGCUGAACUUGAUAAGAUCUCACUGGAUAAGGUAAGGAAUAAGCCACCAGGGCCAGCAAUGCUUCAUCAUAAGGAAAUCUUUAGUUACCAAAGUAGGCAACAAGCCAUUGUGGCCCCCUUGGCUGAAUAUCCCAUGAAAUUCACCCUCUCCGCCCACGACUUGGCUCCGGGGCCGCCAACCUGCAGAUAUGUAGGGAAUUACAUGCUUGGCACCCAAUACCGGGACGACUCAAGACUGGUGGUGUAUGAGGCAAUUGCUUAUGCUGAAAGCCUCAAGUUGGUUGGAGAUGGCAAGGACGUAUGGGUGUUUGAUAUAGAUGAGACAACUCUUUCUAAUCUGCCUUACUAUGUUGACAAUGGACUUGGGGGAUCAUCAGAGACAGGUACUGCACUUGUGUACAAAUCAAAUAAAAGGAAAAUGCUUGAGCAAAAUGGAUAUAGAAUAGUAGGAAACAUUGGUGAUCAAUGGAGUGGUAUCUUGGGAACCAAUACAGGAUAUAGGACUUUUAAGUUGCCUGAUCCAAUGUAUUACGUUGCUUGA